AUGGCCAGCGUCGAUAUACCUCCCAACGCCAUUGGGAGAAUCUCCUUCACGCCCUCCUACGCAGCGAAUGCCCUCUUUACAGUAGUGUUUGCUAUCCUUCUAUCUCUGCACGUCAUCCUGGCCAUCCUGUAUAGAAAGUGGUAUGGUUAUGCAAUUGGGAUGCUGUGCGGCUUGCUCUUGGAACUUUUGGGCUGUGUGGCCAAAGUUCAACUUGCAAAAGAUCGAAGCAACAAGGAUGGAUAUAUCAUGUAUAUCAUUGGCCUUACCCUUGGGCCAACCUUCUUAUCCUCAUCACUCUACCUGGGUAUCAGCGCUCUUCUGAGACACUACCGAUCAACAUGCUUUUCUCCCAUCGGGCCCAGAUCAUUCACAACACUGUUCAUACUCGGCGACUUUGCCUGUCUCUGCUUUAUAGGAGUUGGAGGCUCGUUGGCUGCAAUUUAUGCCCAAAAUCCGAUUGGCGUUGACCUUAUGCUAGCAGGACUGGCGACACAGGUCAUGGUCACCGCAAUAUUCUGCGUUCUCCUAUUGGUCCUUCAUAGUGAGAUACAUAAGAAAGCAAAGAAAGAUGGGCGGAAUCAGUUCAUAAUGAGUGAGUGGCCUGCCACAAGCUAAUCAAGGACCCAUGUCGUCUAACUUGAGUGUGUAUGGAAAAAAGUGGC